AUGGAUAGAAAUAAAAAAUACUGUUCAAAUAAGCAAAGAAAUUACAAAUCAUUCAAAGAUAGAUUGAAUAUCUUGGCACCUUUGGCAGCUAAGGAGUAUGAUCAAUUGAAUGUUUUAGAAGAAGAUAAUCAUGCUUCUUUAUGUAAUACUGCGAGAUCUCCAAAGGUUGAUAAAAUACAUUGGACAUUAAAAAAUACCGAAACUUUUUAUAAGAUGAUUGCAUUGUACGGUACAAAUUAUAUUAUAAUAGCACAUAAACUGGGUUAUACCGUUACCCAGAUAUCUAUCAAAUAUAAAAAAGAAAUGAAGAAGGAUCCUGAACGUAUGUUUAAUGCGAUAUUUAAAAAGGGUGAAUUCAGCAACAUUGGUAACAGGUGA